GCACCAGGACAGUCGCAAUUGCCACCAUCAGCAAAAGCAACCGCACAGGCACCAGCACCCGUCCCAGAUCCAGCACCAAGACCAGCACCAGCACCAGCAGCAGCACUAGCACCAGCACAAGCACCAGCACCAGGACCAAGGCCAGGACCAGGACCAGGACCAGGACCAGGACCAGGACCAGGACCAGGACCAGGACCAGGACCAGGACCAGGACCAGGACCUGGACCAGAACCAGGACCAGGACCAAGACCAGGACAAGGACCAGGACCAGGACCAGGACCAGCACAAGAAGCGGGUCCAGCACAAGCAGCAGCACCACCACCAGUACCAGCAACACAACCAGCAGGAGCACCAGGACAGGCACAAGCGCCUAACACUAGCACAAGCACUUAGUAAAGCACCAACACCAGCACCAGCACCAGCCUAAGCACCAGAAAGGCACAAGCACCAGCAUCAGCAAAAGCAAAGGCACAGGCACCAGCAUCAGCACCAGCACCAGCUAAAGCAACGGGUCGAGCACAAGAACAAGCACCACCUCCAGCACCUGCCCCAGCAGCAGCAUUAGCACCAGCCUAAGCACCAGGACAGGCACAAGCGCCAGCACCAGCACCAGGACCAAAACUAGCACAAGCACCAGCACCACCACCAGCACCAGCACCGCCAGUACCAGCCUAAGCACCAGGAAAGCAAGAAGAGCCAUCUCCAGCAUUAACACCAGCACAAGCUCUGGGUCAAGCACAAGCAACAAAACCAGACCCACCACCAGAACCAGCAGCAGCCUAAGCACAAAAUCCAGCACUAGCACCAGCACCAGCACGAGCAAUAUCACCAGCACAACCAUUUGCAGGCACCAGCACCAGCACCAGCACCAUCAGCAACACCAGCACCAACACCAG